AUGACUUAUAUGUAUAUUUGUACUCUCAAAAGGUACACAGUUAAGUACUCCCUAUCGGAGAGGAAGACAAUCUGUUGUGCUAUAAGAUCUGAUGGGAGGUUGUACUCUGUUUCGAGUCCCAGAGGUCGGAAAGCCGAGCCAUUGAUUGCCAAUGCUAUUGCAACAAAAGCUGAGAGUUCAACGGCGUUAGCGGCAUCCAAACCUGGGCAUGAGCUUUUAUUGUAUGAAGCCCUCCUUGAAGGCCUGGAGGAAGAAAUGGAAAGAGAUCCCACCGUGUGUGUAGUGGGUGAAGAUGUGGGUCAUUAUGGAGGGUCAUACAAGGUGACCAAAACCCUGGCUGAUAAGUAUGGCGAUCUCCACAUCUACGAAUGUAAAGAGAGCAAAAGCGGGAUGUGGGUAAAACUUGACCAAAACAUACUCAAACGUCGUGAAUUCCACCUUAGUCCAUUCAUGCAAGUUGCAGUAUACAAAAUUUGUGUUAACGAACUCUUACGAAUAAUAUUCAUGAGCAUGAGCCAAGUUGGUUUAAUCCACUAA